AUGAGUGAACGUGUUGCAUUAUCCUUUGUGCCCAGUCUUGAGCAGACUGUUCAGACUGACCUGGUAUCUUUGAAUUCACUGGUGAAUCGGAAGAUAAAGAUGUAUGGUGUGGAGGAGGAUCGUGCUUGUACAGAGGCCAAAAAGCAUUGCUGGUACUUUGAAGGGUUGUAUCCUACAUAUUAUAUAUGUCGCUCCUAUGAAGAUUGCUGUGGGUCAAGAUGCUGCGUAAGAGCCCUCUCUAUCCAGCGACUCUGGUAUUUUUGGUUCCUUCUGAUGAUGGGCGUUCUGUUCUGCUGCGGAGCUGGUUUCUUCAUCAGAAGGCGGAUGUACCCUCCACCGCUCGUAGAAGAACCUACUUUUAAUGUAUCCUACACCAGACAACCAGCCAACACUGCAGCAGGAUCACAGCAACCAGGGAUGCCAUACUACACGGAUCCAGGAGGACCUGUGAUGAACCCCAUGGCUAUGGCUUUCCAUGUCCAGCCCAACUCCCCGCAAGGGAAUCCAGUGUACCCACCUCCGCCCUCUUACUGCAACGCACCACCACCCCCAUAUGAGCAGGUGGUGAAAUCCUCCACGUAA